UCCAUCUAUUUUUCCUUGGAGGAGUGGGAGUAUAUAAAAGGAAACAAGGCCCUUUACAGGGAAGGGAUAAAGGAGGAGGAGGAGCCCCAGCAGCUCCGCCCACUGGAUGGGGAAUGUGAUGUUACAAGGGAGAUUCCAGCUGAUCUGGGAGGAACAUUAUGUUAUAAUAAUGAGCCAAGCAAGAUUGGGGCUGAAGGGGCAGAUUUUUGUGCCGAUGGAGAAUUGAGAAACCCUGAAAUUUCUCCAGUGGAACAGCCCCCACUGGCCAAUGGGAUUAAAGAGGAGACGGCUUCAUGGGAAGGGGGAAACCAAUCAGAUGACAGAAUUCUGACAAGACCAGGACCAGUAGCAGGUACGGACCAGACUACUCCUGGCAGUGGAGACGCUGUGUGUAACAGCUUCUCGGAUACCAGUGAGUGUGGGGAACCUGUUAGUGAUUUCAUACUCAUAUCUCCCCUAGCAACGCCCCCCGCACAGGGAGAGUUUCAGUGCCCCGUGUGCAAUGAACUAUUUAUUAGUAAGCGAACCCUUACACGCCAUCAGAAGGCGCACACAGGGGAGAAACCAUAUUCUUGCUCUGAGUGUGGGAAACAAUUUGUGCGCCUUACCAGCCUCACUCUGCACCGUACAACCCACACACAGAAGAAACCAUUUGCCUGCGCCGAAUGCGGAAAACGCUUUUCCAAACUGGCACUUGUGAAGGAGCAUUGGCGGAUUCACACCGGGGAGAAACCAUUUCCCUGCCCCGACUGCGGGAGGUGUUUCAGUCAGCUCUCCUCCUGCGUUAAACACCGGGAGAUUCACGCGGGGAAGCACACGUGUAUAGAGUGCGGCAAAUGUUUCUCAGCUGCGUAUUUGCUGCGGAACCACUGCAGGACUCACACAGGGGAGAAACCAUUCUCCUGCUCGGAAUGCGGGAAAUCUUUCGCUCAGCGCUCCACCCUCACUGACCAUCGCAAGAUCCACACUGGGGCCAAACCAUACACCUGCACGGAAUGUGGGAGGCGCUUUUCGCGGCUGCAGCUGCUGAUUGGGCAUCACAGGAUUCACACAGGGGAGAAGCCGUUCCUGUGCUCUGAUUGCGGGAGAAGUUUCAUGCAUCGCUCCUCCCUCAAUAAACACAAGUCAACUCACACAGGGGAGAAGCCGCACACGUGCAUGGAAUGCGACGAAUGUUUCCAGAGUCCCCAACUGCUGAGCGAGCAUCACAGGGCGCACCCGCGACACAGGCCCUUCUCAUGUUCUGAUUGCGGGAAAUCCUUCUCUCAUUACUCGCGCUUUGUGGCGCACUGUAGGACUCACACGGGGGGGGCAAAGCUUUUAUAGUUGUGCUUUGGGAAGGAGCCGGUACCAGUCGGUUCAAACCACAAUUUGGUUUAAAUUAAAUAUUGUGCCAAUGAAUUGUACUCAUCUAAAUACAGAAGGAAUGGGCUUUAUAAAGUA